ACCACCCCUGCGGGUUUAACUCUUCCUCAUAAAUACAAUAAUAAUAAUAAUGAUUUACGUCAGACAUGAAUGUAGAGGUGGGCGGAUGUAAACAUUGCAGCAGCAGCAGCUGUCUUCCCCUGCCAUCAUUAUUGACUAAUUUCCUGCUCAGCUGCCUUUAUUAGCGGGUAUAUUGUGGUGCUUACUGGUUAAUAUUAACCUGGUGCACACCUGACACUGAUGGUUAAUACUUGUUAAGUCCUGGUGGCUGUUAAGAGAGGUGAAACAACCAUGAAGGUGGAGCAAGACUAUGACCAGAACUCUCACAAGAUUGUGGCUGAGCAUGAACUUCGGAGAUACGGCAGCAUCGUAGAGCAGCAUGGAGACCACUUAGAGGAUAUUAUUGAAGCUUUGGGGCCCCAUCCACGACCACCCUGGGACUGUGUACUGGAUCCAGUCAAGCUUAGAUUGACACCGUUCGAGCAGCCGUCUCUAGUUCAACUUAUUCCGUCUAACAAUAAAUUAGUGAACAAAGUUGUUCUAGCACUCAGCGCUCUUUGUUUAGAAGCGACGGAGUUAGUGGAGGAGGCUCAGACCCACCUCUACCCUCCCCUUGUCUUGUAUGGCAAUGCAGGUAUGAUCACUAGUCAUACUCUAUACUAGAUUUAGAUUACACCUACCAUCCGACUUACGACCUGCUCGACAUACGACCACUCGACUUACGACCGUGUUUUUUAUGCCAAAUUUCUGGGAAAUAAACAAGUGUUUGUGUUGUAC